ACACGUUCUUACCUAAGCAGUAAUUAAUCGGAAUAGAAUUCAACAUUGUUCCGCGAAUUGGGAACUACUUUCACUUGAUUGGCCCAACUUCUUUUCCAUACUGUGAUACACUGUGGGGAUGUGUACCCACCCUUAGGUAAUUCAAUUCGAUCUCGAGUCUGUAAACUUCAUAGAUGGUACCUAGAUAAUAAUUAAACGGAUAACACUCACUAAAGUCGCAACCCAUCCUCUAUCAAUUGGCUCGCCUGCCACUACCUACCGAUCAUGGCGACCAAUAUCUGCCGAAGUAGAGCUCUCGCCUCAGCUCUGCGACCUGCGAAGCCUUCGUUACAGGCCCGAAACGAGCAGAUCGUCCGCUGCAUCGCUUCCACUGCUCGACAAAAUGUCGCUAUGCCCAAGGAUGCUCCGAACAUGAGGCACGCACCUCGAGACCACCCCAAGGAGCUUAGAGCCCCCAUCGUCAACCCCGCCGACAAAUAUUCCACAAAGUCCGACGAUUUACAUCGUUACGGAGCUUGGCUUAUGGGCUGUUUGCCCAAAUACAUCCAGCAGUUCUCCGUUUGGAAGGAUGAGCUCGUUAUCUAUAUCCCGCCUUCCGGGGUUAUACCAGUAUUUUCCUUCCUCAAAUACAAUUCGGCUGCCGAGUUUACCCAAGUCAGUACCGUUACGGCCGUCGACUUCCCAACCAGAGAUCAGCGAUUUGAGGUUGUCUACAACUUAUUGAGUGUGAGACAUAACGCGCGAAUCCGAGUUAAGACGUACGCCGACGAGGCCACACCGGUACCAAGUAUCACUCCCCUAUUCGAUGGCGCCAACUGGUACGAGCGAGAAGUCUACGAUCUAUUUGGUGUUUUCUUCGUUGGCCACCCGGAUCUGCGCCGAAUCAUGACCGACUACGGUUUCGAAGGUCACCCUUUGAGGAAGGAUUUCCCUCUGACCGGAUACACCGAAAUUCGGUAUGAUGAAGAGAAGAAGCGCAUUGUUACGGAGCCAUUAGAGUUGACACAGGCAUUCCGUAAUUUCGAGGGAGGUUCUACAUCUUGGGAACCCGUCGGACCCGGUACCGACCGCAAGCCAGAGAGCUUCAAAUUACCUACACCCAAACCCGAGGAAAAGAAAGAGGAGCCUAAGAAAUAGAUGCCACCUAGCGCAACUUGUAUAUAAAUGUGAUACAAUUAACACUGUUACCAUCCAGUACGCAGCUACGGUUUAAUACGUAUCACGAAGGACCAUGAAAAACGCUCUACUA